AUGUCGGAGUCAUCUUUUUCAAGAUUCAUUCAGGCUCAUAAAGUCGCUGUGGCCGUCACGGCUGUUGUUGGAGCCGGAUCGGUGGCCGGAUUGCUCUACUACAUGAGCCAGCAGAACGCCGGUCUGGACGACUCUGAGUCGCUUAAGCCGAAGAAGAAGUCCAAGGCCACCAAGAAGAAGAAGAAGUCCGAGAAGAGCGGCACGGUUGUUCACGCCAACUGGCCUUCGUCGGACAUUCCUAUCGACUCCACCACUGGACUGCCGAACGUUACUGAAGAGUUGGUCACCAAGAUGACCAAACAACAACAAUCCGAAUGGGCAUUGGCUUUGAAAGAGACCGGAAACCAGUACUAUAAGGCAGAGGACUUCAAGCCAGCCAUCCAGUGCUACACCCUGGCUCUUUUGUGCAAAGCUGAUCCUGUCUUUUACGCUAACAGAGCAGCUGCUUAUGCCGCACAGGGCGAGCACCAAAAGUGUAUUGAUGACUGUACCGAGGCAUUGAAGUUGAACCCAAGUUAUCCAAAGUGUCUGUUGAGAAGAGCCCAUGCUUAUGAGAACAUCGAGAAGUACGAGGAGGCCAUCUACGACCUCACAGCAUUGACCAUCUACGGAGGUCUUAAUGAUCAAUCUCCAGAGUCCAUCUUGGAGCGUAAUUUGAAGAAACUGGCCAACAAGAUCAACGAGGAGCAAUAUUCCACUCUUCCAAAGGAGCUUCCUUCUUCCUCUUCUAUUUCGUCGUUCUUUGGUGCUUUCGCCAAGGAGAACGUUGACACCGACGAAUCCAAGUACGAGGACCAAUCUUGCUCUCAAUUCCUGGCCAAGGCCUUGACCGAGAUCGCCAAGGACACCUACGAGGACUACGUCAAGGCAGACGUUUUGAUCCACCAGGCCAUUGCCAGCUACGAGAAGGACCCACCCAAGGCCGACUCCAAACACGCUGGUCUUGCUUACGAGUACCAAGGUACCUUUGAUUUCCUCAAGGGUGAGAGCGAGUCUGCUGUUUCCAACUUGAACAAGGCUUUGCAAUUGAACCCAAGAGGUAGAACUCACGUUCUUUUGGGACUUGUCAACGCCGACAAAGGUGAUUUCCUUUCUGCUGACCAGGCGUUUGCCCAGGCCAUCAAGCUCAACCCAGAAGACCCUGACAUUUACUACCACUACGGUCAGCUGUACUACCUGAUGGGCGAUUUGGAGAAGGCCAAAGAGAACUUCGAGAAGUCCAAGCUGUACAACCCGGACAACGUGUUUGGAUACAUCCAAUUGGCCUGUAUCGCGUACAAAAACGGUGACACCAACUCGUGCGACGAGCAGUUCAAGGAUGCCAAGAAACGGUUCCCAACCUCGUCCGAGGUGCCAAACUACUACGGAGAGAUUCUGUUCGACAGACAAGACUACGGCGGAGCCGCCAAACAGUUCGAGAUCUCGGCCAGAUUGCAAGAGAGCCUGCCAACUUUCAACAUUGGUGCUCUGCCACUCAUAAACAAGUCUGCCAUCUGCCAGGUCAACAAGGACAUUGUUGGAUGCGAAGAGAUCCUCAAGAAGGCAUGUGAGCUUGAUCCAAAGUCGGAGGUGGCCAGAAUCAACCUUGGACAGAUCUACUUGCAACAACAGAAGGUCCAGGAUGCCAUUGCUCUGUUCAAAGAUGCGUGCCGUUUGUCCAGAUCCAACGACGACAGAGUCCAGGCCAUUUCUCUGAUGGAGGCCUCCAAGAUUCAGCUCAAGAUCAAACAGGACCCUGUUCUGAGCAAAAAGGUCCACGAGAUCAUGGAGCGUGCUGGUCUAGAGAGAGGUUUGUAA